AUGGCAUGGGCGACAAGAUGGGCCUCCUUAUUCCGAGGAUUCUCCAUGUUCUUCUCAUCGAUCAUCGCCUGUUGUGCCAUCAACUGGCAGAUAACCGUGAUCUCACUCACCAUGGGACCGAUUGCCACAGUGACUAUGGCCAUGUUAGGAAGAGUGAACUCGGUCAGCCUAGGCAAAGCGAUGACAUUACAAACAGAAGCCGCUUCCAUAGCAGAAGAAUCCGUUAUGAACGUGAAAACCGUGCAGUCGUGUAACGGACAGGAGCACAUGGUGAAGAAAACGAUCAAUAAAGCAGUUUUCCCAUUCCAGAAAUACCGGGCAGCACUCGGUCGAGCACUGCCGUAUUCUAUUCGCGGUCAUUUCUGGAUGGGAUUUUUCGAGGGACUUUCGUUCUUCCAAAUAUACGUUGUCAUUGGAGUUGCCCUCUGGUUUGGGUGUUAUGGAUUUUUCAACGGUUUGGUUGCUGAUCGUGGUGAUGUGCUUCUUUGUGUGGGCACAAUUUCGCUUACCGCCUACUACCUUGGAAUGCUUGGACCACAUAUGAUGGCCUUGUUGAAAGCGAGGGUGGCAGCUGCUGCCAUCUACGAAACCAUUGAUAGGGUGCCGUCUACCGGCUGUGAAAAGGAAGGCCUCAGGAAGGAAGUUGCAGCAGGUCACAUUGUUUUGAAGGACGUUCAUUUCUCCUAUUCAACUAGAAAACAGUCAGUCCUGAAU